AUGACGCCCAAGAAGAUCAUGGAAGGCGUGUUUGCCGUCCAAAAACCUACGGGCAUCUCCUCAGCCCAGGCCCUGCGCGACCUGCAGCGCCAGUUCGACCCUUCCAAGUUGUUCGCACCGUGGUUGGAAGGGGAGAGAGAGAUUCGGAGCCGAGAAGCGGCUAACCAACGCAACCGACGGAAGAAGAAGCAUAUCCAGGUGAAGAUUGGCCACGGAGGAACCCUCGACCCUUUAGCGACGGGAGUCUUGAUUGCGGGGGUGGGCAAAGGAACAAAGUCACUGCAAGACUUCCUGAGUUGUACUAAGGUCUACGAGACUAUCGUCUUGUUCGGCACCAGCACAGAUACCUACGAUCGGGUAGGCAAAGUGCUGAAGCGAGCACCCUAUGCCCAUGUCACCAAGGAGCUAGUCGAGGAGGCCUUGGAGCAGUUCCGGGGAAAGUUCAUGCAAUUGCCUCCACUCUUCUCUGCAUUGAAGAUGAAUGGCAAGCCUCUGUACGAAUAUGCCAGAGAAGGGAAGGAGAUACCCAGAGAGAUUGAGAGGAGACCUGUUGAGGUCCUGAGUCUGGAGAUGCUCGAGUGGAUGGAGGGUGGAACCCAUGAGCAUGUUGCCCCCACCGACGAAGCUGGAUAUGCUGAGAUCAAUGUGGCCAACAAGCUCUGGCGGCAAGAGAAUGCUGUCCCAGGUAGCUUGAAGGAUAAGGGGGAAGGGGUGGAAUCUGGGCACCUGUCCCCUCAAAUCAAGACGGAAGAGGCAUCUGGAAAUGACGGUGAUGAUACAAGGCAGAAUAUGGUUGAUGAGAAGCAGCUCGUAACACCAACUCCCGACAACGAGACUUCAUCCAAGGGAGAAGCUCCUGAUGGGGAGAAGGAUGUUGUCAUGACGGAUGCUGCAGUUGCCGGACAUGGUAUCGACACUGAAGCACCAUCCAAGAUGGUGGUUGAGGAUGGUGGCCAGGCCGCCUUUGAGCAGAAGAAGAGAAAGCUGAGCGAAGACCAAGAUGGCCUCGUCCACGAGCGCCCCGCCUCCAAACGCCAGGCACCGCCCCCAUCCACAGCAGAAACCGCCAUGAUGUCCGGUGGCCUUUCAUCUUCCUCCAUAUCCACAUCCCCCUCCACCGACACCGCCAAGCCUAUAGCUUCCCAUCUCAAGGGACCUCCGGCUGUCAGGCUCCGCAUGACAGUCACUUCCGGCUUCUACGUGCGCUCUCUAUGUCACGAUCUAGGUGCAGCCGUCGGAUCGGCAGCUCUCAUGGCUGAGCUCGAGAGAACCAGACAAGGCGAUUUUGAGUUGGGGAAGAAUGUGGUCACGUGGGAGGACUUGGCUAAGGGAGAGGAGGUCUGGGGUCCGCAGGUAGAGAAGUACCUUGAUGAGUGGCAUAGCAAGUAUGGAAAGGACUUUUAG